AUGGACCACACACGUCAUUCCUUGGAUCGAGAUCAGCAGCCUUUGCUCGAUAGCAAUGCUGCUGAGCUCGACACCCCCUUCGCCAUCGAUGAGGAUCUGGCCGAGGAACAGCCCGCCAACACCGGCUCGUCGCCCAAGUAUCCGCCGCUUCCGCCCUCGUAUGACGACACUAUCCGCGUCGACUCGCGCUCCAAAUCCAACUGGAAUCCUGUAGCGUGGUUCUCCAUCUCCCGCACCACGAAAGAACACAUCCAAGCUUGCUUCCCUCGCACAAGUCAAGGCGAGCUUCUCACCUUCUCGAGUGCCUUCUCCGGCUGCUAUCAAGGUGCAAUGCGCUGCUGGCCUUCGAAUCGCUUCGCGCAGGCUAGCGUUUUCAUCAUUGGCCUCUGGAUCCUUGUCCUCUUCACCGGUCCAGCGCUCACCCAGCCUGCCGGCGACAAUGUCGGUACUGGCCUUCACCAGGAUUGGGACUACUCCAACAUCCCCAACACAAAGCCUGCGCCCCUCCAUGAAGAUGGCCACAUCGUCCAAGAGGCAGAAUGGCAGUGGCACAACUGCGCUUCCAUCAAGGGCACCAACAGGGUCCAGUGCACAGAAUCCACCAGCUUCCUCCUCAAUCCCAAUAGGUCCAAAGACAGCUUUGCAUCCACCGAGUCCAUAUUCGUCGACGUAGAUCCUAUUAGGGAUGAUCGACCGCAGCCCGCAGGUAGCGUCCCCGGCACCGUUACGGUGGUCCAUCACACCGACGAUGUUCCCGCUCCCGAAAAGGACCUCGUCAAAGUCGAGAUCACUGCUCGCUACGAUGAGGCCUACAAGAAGCUCUUCGACACAAGCUUGGUCGCCAAGAUGAAGCGAGGGCUCUAUGAUGAGGGAGUCGAAAUCCUCACCUACGCCAAGGCUGUCUCGACAGAUCAGAGUCCACUCAUCUACGACGUCAAGGUCAUCAUUCCGCCGCACGUCAACAUUCCAACCCUUUCGGUAGACGCAGGCGCUUCCGACAUUGAUCUCUUCCAAUCUUCUGCUGCUUCCAAGAGGAGCUUCGCAUCCCAAGCUUUGCAUUCUCGCGAUCCUCCAUCGAGGCCGGACUUCUACUUCGGAAAGCUGCACGCGCGAACUCAAGUGGGCAAGUUGCGCUCCGGUUCCAUCCGUGCGAUUGCCGAUAUUCACCUCACCACCACCAACGGCAAGCUCCACAUUGGUGGAUCGUUCGAAGCACAGUCUCUCGAAUUCAAGACCGUCAACGGCCACCUCGACAUUGACCACGACUCUAAGCUCGAGGCUGCAUACGAUCUCACCCUCCAGACGCAAAACGGACACAUCCGCGUGGGACAGAACACCAGCCUUCGUGCCACCACUCUGCGCUCAGAGUCGCUCAACGGAGGCAUCAUCGCCGACAGCGCCGUUUUCAAUGUCAACCACACGCUGUCGCUCAGAUCGCAGACCGGUCGAGUCGAGGCAGCCAUCAACAUUGAAAAGCCCGAUCUGGCAAGGCUCGAUGCUCCCGGUCUGGGCAAGACCGAUCUCGUCACUGUCGAUUCGCAAUCGCAGACUGGCUCCAUCCAGCUCGAUUUCAUCGGUCAUGAAGCCCAAGUGCCCCUUCGCUGCCACGCGUCGAGCGAAGUAGCGCCUGUGUCGGUCUCUCUGCAUCCCGAAUUCCAGGGCAGAUGGGAGCUACGAGGUGCCACACAUUCGCGCUACCGCGGUCCAGGUUCAAAGGAUGGCGAAAAGGGCGAUAGAGGGGUGCGUCGCUUUGUCAUUGACGAGGAUAGCUUUGGAUGGAUCAAUCGGCUCACCAAAGGACGAACGUGGUGGGACAGGUCAGACAAGCCAGGCGUGCUUCCCAAGGACGCCGAGGCGACCAUUGCCACGCAGGUAGGUCUGGCUCUCCUCACGUUCAAGUAG